GUGUCAAUCCUUACCCCGGAAUGCAAGUUAAUGAGAAAUUCUACAAGCUUAUUCAAAAUGGAUUUAAGAUGGACCGUCCAUUUUAUGCUACGGAAGAAAUAUACUUAUUACUGUGCUCCUGCUGGGCUUUGGAUUCCAGAAAAAGACCUUCCUUUUCGCAGCUGCUUUCCCUUCUGGCAUGCCAGCUGGCUGAAGCAGAAGGAACAGCAUGCCGGACAGAUCGUACUGAUGCGUCUAAGCGCGUUUCCAGUUCCAAAUGCAACCCGCCUGUGAGGAGAGAAGCAGAGCUCGCUACUCCUCUGCUAAAUGAAAAUAUUGCAAGGGGAAAAUAAAGCAGACUUUUUCUUCUUCUUUACAAACUAAGCCAUAUAAGCUGAAGGAAAUCAAAAGGGAUCUGACUUUGCCUUCCUUAAAGGCUCUAAUUUGCUGCUAUUGCCACUGAAUCAGUUCUAUCCACUUUGCUUCUCAGCUGAUCUCCUUCAAUUUCAUUAGCUAGGUGGAAGAUCUCUUUUAUACCAGCCUCAUUUUAUAGCCUGGUUGACCCUCAGGUUGUUGCUGAAUUUCUUUCAAAAUUAUAUGCAUCUCUAAAGUCAAGGUCUGCAUUCCAGAUAUUUUAUUUCAAGCAGGUGCAAACAAUAAAAUCAUAUCCAUAUAUUUUGUAAUCGAAGUUCCCAAAUGUGAAUGUAUUAUAGCCUGAGAUUAAUUCACACAGUUCAGCUAACUGUACUUAUAUUAUAUCCUCACUAAAUAUAUAACCAAAGGGUUCUAUCAGCUAUCAGAAAGACAAGCAUAUAGAUAUGGAUAUUUAUGGAUAGAGUGACUUGGGUAGAUUAUUCCUGACUGUCACUGAGAUCAUGGGUUGUUUUAUGCUACAGUAUUUCACAGCGACAUUAAAUGUAAGUAAAAGGUUUUAUUGGGCAUGAAAUGGGAUGUUUUCUAUAUUGUUACUGAGAUUGAUAAAAUCCAGAAAAACAAUAUUGGGGGCAGACAUUCAAGAAUGUUUCAAAUGAAAUUGAAACAGGAGCAUCCAAAUUUGGGGAGCUGGUUUUUUUUUCAGAAUUUUAACUUCAAGCACUAUUACAAAAUACAGCAGCUGCUAUACAUUAGAUGUGGUCCAUCACAAAACACACAUUUUUUUUCUAGAAAUGUAACUCUUAUCAAGCCCAGAAACCUAAUUACAAAUUAUACAAAUCGUGAAAAAAUGGGGCCUUGUUUUUUGGCAUGCCAGCAGCAAAUCAGGGGGAACAGGCAGGCUGAUAGAGGAUUUGUGGAAACCUAGGUUUAGAGCAUCGAAAUAACUUUAUAAAAAAUAUAACUACUUGGCCACAUUAACAAAAAGCAGGGGAAAAUAUCCCUCAGAAGCAGUAAGAAAAGCUCUGGGAAUGCUGCGUACAGAACAAAGAAAGGGAUGAUGUACAAAGUGAAACGUAAUGCACA